CGUUCGCUUCCCGUACACUUGUCCCUCGACAAUCCGCCAUCGACACCAUAAUUCAUGCGACGGCAACGAAGGCAACGGAAGCGACGACGUAAUCAUUCACAUUCAACCUCACCUUGACCCUACCUGGACCUAGCUGGACCCCUACCUGAUACGUAAAUCAUGGGCGACACGACGAAAAAGUCAAAAACUCCUCCCUCAUCAGCCGGCACACCCUCGGGUGGUCCAAACCGGAGAGUUGACGUGUUUCUCGCCUUGGUCCGCAAGGACAUGCUGAACACUAGAAUCCACACAUAUUGGCCUGUCUACGUCGCGUAUGGACAGAAAGCCUACCACAUGAUCGACAUACUUACCGCUCACGAGUGAGCCCUUGACGGGCAGACUACUGAGUGGUCACGUUUACCAUAAUCCUCGGAAAGACGUCUUAUGCUGUGGGUCAGAGUUUCAUAAGGACACAUUGGCGUUGCGUUACAUGAUAUGGCAUUCCUGGGCUACUUAUUUCUUUGUAGGGGUCCUCGCGUCUCACAUUGUCCCUGAAUCAUCAUUUCCCCCUCAACUUCUUAAAUGAAUCCCAAGGAGAGCUACCGCUAUAUAUUUCAACUCUAAAGGGCUGUGUCAUUCGGGCGACGACGAUGGAGAAAGUCGUGGUAAUAGAUGCGAGGACCAGAGAAGGUCGAGGGCCGUCUAUGGCCUCAUCCAUCGCAAGACCAAUACGAACAACAACACACAUAUCAAGACAAAAGGGAGUGCCGCA